AUGGCGCAAGGCAAAAAAGUCUACAUGGGCAUGAUAAUGACCCUGCUGGACGAGGCCGCCGACACACAUCGCGUUUCACGCAAUGAUUAUAUCGGGCUCGGGCUGGACGACAGGACAUACCAUGCUAUGAACCUGGGAAAGAACCGCCUUUUGGCUGACCCAGUGUUCACUUAUGGGAUUCCUCCACACCCGAUUCUGCAAUUGGCCAAGGAUAUGGAGGUGCGGGAUAUGAAAGGAACCGGUGUCCAGGAAGAGAAGCCGGGCUCUCGUGCUUGGUGUGCCAUGUACGGCCAUGGGAGAGACGCCAUGUGGCCGCCAAUGGAUCCUGGGAAGCCGCACCUAGAGACGAAGAGGGCCCUCGAGAGGGAGGUUGGAAAGAUGGAAAGGGCUUGGAAAGACUUCAGACAUCUCGUGGUUGGCAAGGAACGGCUCAUCCAAGACACUGUCAUUAAGCUUGCCAGCGCCGACGAGAAGUUGAGUGAGUCUUAUAAUCUCGAAGGAUUCCUGGAAAACGCCUGGAGGGAAGCCAGAGAUGGUUACAACACGCAUUUCGUGGAGAAACCCGAUCGCAUGGGACGCGAUUAUCUCCUGGACCCUGAGGGCACCAUCGCGGAUGGCCAUUCCAGCGAUCUCGAUAUCUUUGCUCUGGAUUUCCUCAAAGAUGUGCCUCAGACCAUCUUGGCGCAAGUGCAUCGGCACCACCCCCUAUACCGGCAUGGGGCCAACUACCAAGACGAGAGCGAAGCUCUGUCCAGGGUCAUGGUGGACGAGCUGAAGAUGCCAGAGCCGAUAAGCCAAACCGUUGGAUUUAACAAAAAUGUCGCUGAUCAUCUGCGCAAGAUCAGGGCCAACUUUUUGGUGCCACAUAUCAACCUCAGAGACCUGCUUGAUCCAUACAACCUGCUCAGCUUCAUCCACCACCGUGCUCGGCUGGUUCCCUCGGAAUUUGCCCUGCUUGAUAACGAUCUCAGCUACUUGGGAAGACACUCGAUGAUUCUGUCUGGCUACUUCGAUUGUGCCGUUCUUGUUAGCUUACGAGUGCCGUCGACCAACAAUAAUGAAACCGAAAGUAAUCGCCCUCUCGGAGUCUGGUUCCAGGGCGAGGCGGCAGAGCCAACAACCAUAAACCAGCAGAAUGCCUUGAAAGAUGCCGGGGAGUUGUUUGGGAUCAUGGAAGCAUUUCUCAUCCUCCAGUCACAAAUAAUCACCUAUCUGUUCCUGGGAAAACUCUGCGCGGCCUUGCUUAAGGCAGCACAAGGAAAGGCGCCUGGAAGUUCCGUAUCCGUUUCGAACCAAGACGAAGAAGCCGAGGCAUUACAGACAAUCCAAGGUUUGAGGGACAACAGCCGGGAAAGAUGGCAAGACAUAGCAUCGAUACGCCAGUACGAACCGAUCCCGGCCACGCUGGACCUGGAGAGAUACCAGCAAAACAUCCUGUCCAAGAAGGACCGUGCCGAGGACCACAUUGGACGGUUAUUCAAUGAACCCGAGUAUUUCUUUCAACAACUGUUGGAGCAGAAAGAGCAUCAUUGGGUAAAUUUGGACAUUUCCUAUGAGAAACGACGGGACAAGUUCAUUGAAAAAUACCACCAAGAGGAGAAUAAGCGUCACAUUCUAUAUGAAGACUGCUUGAGGAGCGUUCUUCGAAGGGCUGUCUUUGAGUUCUUCAUGUGGAACGCAGUCGAGGAGACUCUAGUCUGGGUGACAAGGCUCGAGGCGAGCCAACCCCCGCAUGGAGAGGACAGGAUGGUGCCCAGCACGCACAAAGAUGGCGCAAAGACUUGGCCACACACAAAGUGGUCUACCUACGGCGAAGAAGAUCGUGAGUACCUCCGGGCGGCAUACAUUAGGUUGCAGAGCAUGAUCCGCUACUUUGGGGUAUUCUUUGUGCUCGAGUUUCGCAACAAGGCUAUCCACGCAGCAUCCCAGCCGAUGCGAGAGAUCUUCUGCAUAAAGAAGGCCCCGCGGCCCGGGGGUGUGGCUAAAAGCGCAAAGUUCCAAAGAGGCCACUACAGCUCGGAUGAGAUGGAACUCUGCCCGUAUGGGAGACGUUUAGGAGCAUCUUUGGCAAGAGUCACUCGCUUGUGUCGUGGGAGGAGCUCGUCCGGGCGAUGA